GUCUGUCAACAAAGAUUUCGUUCAAUGCGUUAAGCAUGAUUUGAAAAUGCUAUUAGACUUUUUUUUAAGACAAGAAUAAUUGUUUUUCGAAGUAAUGGAGUCCCAAGAACAAACUAGCAUUAGUUUUGAAUGUUAUUGCUCCACUACCGCUUAUGAUCCUCAUAUGUUACUAUGUUCAGCAUGUAAGAAAAGAUUUCACCCCGCUUGUUUGAAAUCUGGCCGACCUUCUGAUUUAAUUGGAGAUAUUUAUUUCAAGUUUACAUGUUCAAAUUGCUCGCCUGAUGGUGUUGAGAUCGUAAAGCGUAUGAAACUUCAGUGGACUUUAGUUAUUAUUCUGACUCUUUAUAAUUUACAACUCCAAGGUGGCGGGAAAUGUGGUUAUUUUCGAUGGCGUGAGCAUAUUUGCAGAUUCAUUGAUAAACAUUGGACGUUGUUGUUUGGAACUGAUAGAAAGAAAAGUGCAACUUGGCAUGGCACAGUUGCUGGCUGUUUGUCUACUGGAGCGAAUAGAUUCUUUGUGUCAGGAGUAGAACUUUUAAAAGAAACUGGUUGGUGGGCACUAAAAUCGUCUCAGCUUCCUUCCUUGGAAGAACUUGAUUCUGUCAUUGUAAAUAUUAAGCCCAGUCGUAAACGUAAAACUGCCGAAAUGAUAGAUUCUUCUCCAAUCAUAGAAGGGACGAGGAAGAAGAAUUCCAAUGUUGUAGAAGCAGCAGUUGCUUUGAAAGAAAAGAAAAUCUGCUUGAUGGAUACACCUAAGCCCUCAAAGCCUAAGAAGAAGCGUGAAUCUAAAUCAAAAGAUAAACAUUUUAUCUUUCCAAAAAAUCAUAGCAUCAAACUUAUUGUACCUAAAAGUGAAUUUUCAGAUAGUUAUGAAUCAUUUGGUGAGGGUUCUUCCAGACAGGGAAUUCCUAAAAUUAUAAUAAAAUCUGGACGAGCUAUUUCCCCUACUUUUACUGAUGAUGCUGUCUCUCAGUGGAUCAAAGAAGAACCGAAAGAUGAAAUUGAUCUAGAAAACAUGGCAGGUACUUUUGAUUUCCCACACCCUCUCCAGACUUCAAACACGCUCAACAGCCUACUAGAUGAUGUGCUGUCUGAAAUCAGCUGCGACAAAACAAGCUUAAAGUCGCCUCAAGGUUAUGAGAGUGAAGAAGAAAACAGCAAUUCUUGCAAAACCAUUGGUAUGGUUAAAAAAAACCAGCAUCCUGAUACCAGCCGUAAGAGGAAAGCUGUCACCAAAGAUGAAAAUCCAGUGAAAGAUACUGUAGUCUCUGACCCCAAAUACACUCUUAUGUGUCCUUAUGAAGAGGAGCAGUUAUUGCUUAAAUUAGAAAGUUACCCAAAGACAAUGAAAGAAAGAUUGGAUGUGAGGAGGUUGUACCGGAAAUUAAUCGUCCGGAAACUGAAAAGAGAAAGAAAUCUCCCGGUUUUCGAUAUUGAUGCCGAAGUGAGGGCGAUUCGAGGUAUGGAUCCUCCAGAUUAUGUAAAGAUUGACGACAUGAAAAAAUCCGCACCUAACUUGAAAACAGUAUUGGACCGCUACCAAGUUGUUUUGUGCAAGGGGCGCAGUAAAAUGCAGCAACACACAUCAUUUGUGACCCGCCUUAUGGGCCUUGAAGAUGAACAGCAAGACUGCAUUAUUAGCCCCUACACAGAACGAGUCCUCCAACCUUUUAUCUUCAGGGACUUCAAAACAAAACCCUUAAAACUGCAAGUCUUGGAAGAACUUUUAUCGCAUAAAAAGUUUAACAGCGUUUUAAAGCCGCCUGAACAGAACUCAAUAGAUUACUGCUAUGUUCGACCCCAACAUAUCCCUGCCAUCAAUGCCCUCUGCCACAAUUUCUUUUGGCCAGGCAUUGAUAUGUCCGAGAGUCUUCAGUAUCCAGACUUUAGCUGUGUUGCACUUUAUAAGAAAGUCAUAAUAGGCUUUGCUUUCAUGUAUCCAGAUGUGAAGUGUAAUGAAGCAUACAUCAGUUUUAUUUUCUGCCAUCCUGAAUGGCGAAAGGCUGGCAUAGCAACUUUCAUGUUGUAUCAUCUUAUGCAAACAUGUCUAGGUAAAGAUAUCACCUUACAUGUGUCUGCCACAAGUUCCGCUGUGUUCUUCUAUGAGAAAUUCGGCUUCAAAGUCGAAGAAUUUGUCCAUGAUUUCUAUGAAAAGUAUUUGCCUCCAGAUUCAAAAGAAUGCCGUCAUGCAUUGUUCCUUAGGCUGAGUAGAUAAUGGUUGUACUUUCCAAGCAAAUAUGUGUCUUUUGAUGUGAAUUAUGUAUCUUGAGUCGCAUGCAUGCAGUUGUAUGACGCAUAUGUUAUUAAGUAUUUAUCAUUUUUGGAUACACACAUGAUGGCAUGUGAAUUAUGAUGAACUUGAUUUUCUUCAUCAAAAAACAAUAUUGUGUGAAAUUAUUUGAUUUUUGGUUGCAUGAAUUUAAUACAGUAAUCCCUCGUUAUAUCGCUCAUUUGUUUCCUUUGUCUCCCGAGAAAUUAAGUUUUUUUUAAAAAUGUUGCUUUGCAUUUGGCAUUGCAGAAAAUCAAAUUUUAUGUUUCACAUACAAAAUAUUUCUUUCAUGAAAAAAACUAGUAUUUUUUCCUUACAUCAAAUUUCUUGCAAUUCAAGCUGAAACUUUCGAUUUGUGUCCUACCCUAAAACAUUAAAGGUAUUUUAUUUAUUUUUUAAUUUUAAAACUACAAUUCGUUAGCAAUGUUUACUUUUGUUCUCAUAAAGAACAUCGUCUUUAUGACAGUGAAAUAAUCUUUUUGUAGGUGCACACGUCUUCCACUUGCAUGAUAAUUCAAUCUUUACUUUUUAUGACUUAGGUUAUAUCGUGCUAUUUUGUUGUCUGCCGACAAGGGUAAUAUAACGAGGAUUUAUUGUACAAAGAAAAUUUAUUUUGCUUGUUUUUGUUGGAAAUAGAGAAGAUGAGAUUCAUAUGUAUUGAUAUUCAACAAUAAAAUUACAAACAAA